ACUGGUAAUGUUCACGUUAUGUCAAUUUUUAAGUUGCGCCAAAUAAAGAAAUAAUAAAAUUACAAAAGACCAAAACAUCGUCGAAGCGUGUAUUUUGUCAAUGUCAGUCAUGUCAGUCACUGUGCGAAUCACUGAUCAAUUCAUGACUAAAAUAAAAUCAAUGAAUUAAGUAAUGCGUUCGUCGCUCACAUGACUUUUUAUAUACAAAAUGGCUUCCGAAAUACCUACAGCGCCGCCACCACCACCGUUGUUAGUAAACAACAGCAACCUCUCUGUUGACGUCGUUGGCGAAAAGCCGUCAUCACCAUCUUCCAGUGAAAAGAAGAUAUCUUCGACGAACGAUGAAAAAUCUUGGGAAAGAGCUUGGUCUGUGGCCGAAAUGCGGAAAGGAGCGACACAUUGGUCGCUUGCGUCAGAUGCUGGGUUGCUGCUGUACUUGCAAGAGUUUUCACAAAAUAUGUUAUCUCAAACACAUCGUAUGGAACAAAAAGUGGAUGGACUGGUUUAUGAAACUAAGGGGAUAUCAACUAAAGUGAAUAAUACUUUCAACAACUUUCUUAUGUUAUCAAAUACUCAAUUUAUUGAAAAUAGAGUUUAUGAUGAAGAGGAAACAAAAGAGAAAGAGGAAAAACAAUCUGAAGCUCCAGGUCAAGAAAAGGAGAAAACCAGAGAGGAACUAGAAACAGAAGUAAUUCCCAAGAUAAAUGAAGCCAUUCAAUAUGGACUCAAUGUUCUUGAUAGUGCUUUUGUUACUGUAGAGAUAACACCUGAACAGAUAUCAGAUGAUGAAGAUGAAGGAGCAUUGCCUGACAAUCUUAGACCUGAACCAAUUCUUGAAUUAAAUGAUGUUUAUGCCAAUCGUCGGUUACCCUUUUUUAUUGGCUCACCGGAAUUUGAUACCGAUGAUCUUGUUGGUUUGGGAGAGUCUGAUGAUGAAGAUGAGGUGGUCAGUGAUGAAGAAGUUGGUGAAGAAAGUGAAACAGAAAAAAGUUCAGAUGACGAUGAAACGUCAGAAAGUGAAACUGUCAGUGUAUCAGAAUCAGAUGAGGAAUCUUCUUCAACAGCCACCAAAAGUGAAGAAGACAAUGAGGACAGUGAGGAUUUAUCAGAAGAAUCAGAUGGCGACCUAUUCUCUUCUAGUGGCACUGUUCCCAAGGCAAUUGUAUCUCAAAGCAGCGAGAAUAAAGAUAAUGUGGAUCCAGUUAAGAGUUCUAAAGAAAAUUCAAACAAGCCGCUGGACUUUACCUCAGAAUUAGCUGCAAAACUGGCGGGAAAAAUAAACAAACCCAAAGAUACCGACGAUGAACAUGCAGAUAAUGACUGGGAUGAAAGUGAAGAACAGAAAGAUAUACAUGAUAUAAAAGAAGACCUGGUGUCCUCUUCGUCAUCUCAUUCUACAAAAAAGAAAAAGAAAAAGGACAAGCCAAAAACGGAUAGCCUUGAAAAAAGCGCAAAAUCGUCAAUCGUAAGUGGAAUUAUUGAAGAAGAUGAUGAUGAUUUGUUUACUAGCUCUAUCGAUACAACAUCAACUGUACAAAGUAAAUCAAGAAACAGUAAAUCAAAACAUAAGCGUGAAAAGAAAAGAAUACGAAGUGACAGUCAAGUCAGCGAUACUAGCUCAAAGAGUCUUCACAAGGAAACAAAGGCAACCUUCAAAAACAAUGAUGAAAACCUUUUCGGUGAUCCUGUUAGUCCAGAAGAUGGACUGUUUGGCGCCAACAGUCCAUUUAGUAAGAAAGGAGGAAGGUAUAGUGGUGGAGUUGGUUUGUUUGAUGAUGUUGAAGAAGAGGAUAAUGAUCAGACUUCUUUUAAGGACGAUACAGUUGAAAUAUCACCAAGUCAGGUGGAUGAACAACAUGAAACCGAGGAGAAAAUUGUCAAAGAAAGCAACUCUCCUCGUACAGCUAGUGGGAAAAAAUUACCUCCUGGAGCCGUUUCAAUUUUUGGAGAUCAUGGACCAUUCGGCCAUAUACCAAUUCAAUCGCAUGAACACCAAAUUGAAAAAAAACAUGUUGUUGUUAAACAAGAAGCGACUGGAGGUAGUUUGUUUUCGGAUGAAGAUGAAGAUACGUUGACAUCAAGUCAAUCCUCUGUUUCUCCUAGAAAACCUGCAGUUGUUGUAAAAACGAAGAAAUCUGUUGAUCUUUUUGGAGCUGAUGAAGAAGUUGACGACGAGGAGGACGUCGGUGGUUUGUUUGGUGUAAAAAAUGCUGAUAAAAAGCAAUCUGAAUCAAAAGUACCAAAGAAAAAGAUACCUGUUGGUGCUCAAUCUAUUUUUGGCAUUGGAUCACCAGACCCAAUGUUUGACUCAUCAAAACCAGAUGUUACGCCUAAAUCUGUAUCAAAUUUGAAGCCGGCAAAACCGUCAAAUGGCUUAUUUGAUGAUGAUUUCGAUGACAAGACUGAGUCGUAUAGUUCGCAACGGUCAGCGGUUUCUUCCAUUAUACCUCCUGUUCGAAGUAAUCAAAAAAUCAACCAUAGUAGGUUGUUUGAUGACAACGAGGAUGAUGAAGAUGAUGUAGACGAUCUUUUUACAACUUCUUCUAAAGAGGAACUUGGUUCUACAAAAAAUUCCAAAAUAACAUCGAAAGUUGAGUCAUCUGCAAAUAAGCCGCUGAAAGGUGUUGAAGCUCGUAAAACGACAUCCAAAGCUACAUCGAUCAGUUUAUUUGACGAUGAAGAUGAGGAUGAAGAAGACAGUGACGAAGAUGGAAUAUUCAGCCCCCCAAAUGCGCAUUCUAAGGAUAAUAUAGCUGUGCCAUCAACAAAAAAAAACGUAGUAGAAACAAGUACAUCUGAACAGAAAGAUGAUGUAGAUACUGGCAAACCAAGUCGUAAAUUUUUACCUGGUGCUGUACCAUUGUUUGGAGGAACAGAUAUAUUUGCUGGAAAAAAAUCCUUAAAAACAAAACACGAUGACGAUUUGUUUGGAGAUGAGGAUGAUUUAUUUGCAAGUAAAUCUAAACCUGUUGUACCAUCAAACACUAAACCUGUUAAACAGGAUAAUGAUAAUGACUUAAAAGAUAACUUUGACGAUGCGUUACCUUCUAAGGAAACACCUAAGGAUGUCAUUAGAACGGAUGAAGAUUUAGUUAGUGGCGAAGAAAAGUCUGAAGAUAAUAUAGCUGUGCUAUCAACAAAGAAAAACGUAGUAGAAACAAGUACAUCUGAACAGAAAGAUGAUGUAGACACUGGCAAACCAAGUCGUAAAUUUUUACCUGGUGCUGUACCAUUGUUUGGAGGAACAGAUAUAUUUGCUGGAAAAAAAUCCUUAAAAACAAAACAUGAUGACGAUUUGUUUGGAGAUGAGGAUGAUUUAUUUGCAAGUAAAUCUAAACCUGUUGUACCAUCGAACACUAAACCUGUUAAACAGGAUAAUGAUAAUGACUUAAAAGAUAACUUUGAUGAUGCGUUACCUUCUAAGGAAACACCUAAGGAUGUCAUUAGAACCGAUGAAGAUUUAUUUAGUGGCGAAGAAAAGUCUGAAGAUAAUAUAGCUGUGCUAUCAACAAAGAAAAACGUAGUAGAAACGACUACAUCUGAACAGAAAGAUGAUGUAGAUACUGGCAAACCAAGUCGUAAAUUUUUACCUGGUGCUGUACCAUUGUUUGGAGGAACAGAUAUAUUUGCUGGAAAAAAAUCCUUAAAAACAAAACAUGAUGACGAUUUGUUUGGAGAUGAGGAUGAUUUAUUUGCAAGUAAAUCUAAACCUGUUGUACCAUCGAACACUAAACCUGUUAAACAGGAUAAUAAUCAUCUUUCUCGUACGUCUGUGUUGUCAUCCCCAUUGGAAGAAACAACUGCAACCCAGAAGAGUUUAUCUUUGUCAUCAUCCAUUGAAAAAACUAGCAAUGUUGCUAAGUUGCAGAAAAAAAUGACAUUCAAUCCAGCCACAAUGUUGCCAGGAGGCACACCACCCUCGAGAAAACCAAAACAUACCGCAGAGGCAAAUUUUGAUGAACCUGCAUUGAUGCAGACACUUGAAUCAACUAACAAGGAACGUGCUCGAUUGCGUGGCAAGAGACGGCCUCCAACCCGUCAAGCUAGGCAAAAAGCUGCUAGAGAUAGCAUGGAUGAUACUUUAUUAUUUGGAUCAAAUUUGAUUGAUGGAUCUACUUCCUACGAACGUGUACCUGCAAGAAAGUCUGGUCAUACGUCCCAUUUCAGUGAUUCUGGUGAUCAUUUUAGUAGUAGUUCGUAUCAGAAACCUUUUAAACGUAAUGAAAAACCAAAUAUCACUCAGUCUCGUGGACCAAAGUUUGAUCCCCUCUUUAUCCAUAAUUCAAUGGUCUCAGAUACAUCUACAUUUGAAGAUUCUGUGAAUUCUGUUGAUGGAAUGAAGCAAAAUAAAGAUAAUGAGUCAUCAUCUUCUAAAUCUCGAGAUGAAAAGGUCACAAAGGAUGUAUUUAAUGCUUCUUUGAAAGAUGAACUUUUCGACGCGUCCCUAAAAAAUGAUAGUUUAUCCAAAUCAAAGAAUCUUGGUAAUCAGGUUACCUCAGCAAUAUCUGUGAACCAAAAACCUAAUAAUGAUAUUUUUAGCGGUCUUUUGAACGAUAAUGAAGAGGAUGUUCCUUUGGGGAAUAACAAUUCUGAAACAGUCUCUACAAAAAGUAUUCCAGGCAAAAGCAACUUUCCGCGAAAUUGGAAGUCUAACUCCACUCGCAGCGAUUCGUUGUUUGGUAGUCAAAGACAUGAAGAUCUAUUUUCUAACUCUGAAAGUGACGUGAACAAAAAUGCUCUCGCUAAAAAGAACUUGUUUAGUCAGUUACCUGAAAACAAAGGAUCUCAAAAGUCAAAAUCUUCUCAAUUUUUACAGGAAGAUGAAAAUGUCGGUUUUGAUCCUCUUUUCUCAGGUUUCAAUCAAACCGUUAAACAAGAUGGCGAACUUUUUGUUGAAGGUAGAAAAAUACUUGAUAAGUCAGCAAAGGAUAAUAAUUCUGAGAAUACGACUCGUAUAUCCAUUACAAACGACAAGAUGGAGGGCAAUGUACCGUUUCAGAGUGAUGACAAAGAGGAUAAAUCAUCUGUUAGUACAUCAAGCGCUUUCGCCAAGAAAGAUGAUGAUGAUGAUGAAGAUGAUCUUUUCAAAUCCAACAAGGGUCCUCUGUCAUCUCCACCUCCUCUUUUGGAUUUUGAUCACGAAAUAAGUGUUUCUGGAGACUUCAACGAAAAACCGAAAAAAAGUAGAACUGUUAAAGAUGAUUUGUUCAGCGAUAGUUACAACGCUGAUAUUUUUACUUCAAAAUCCAAAGAAAAGAUAGAUGAAGAAAAAGUAAAAGAACACAUAAGUGCAAAUGAUGACGGGGAAAAGAUUGCCAAGGGAAAAAGUAAAAUUGAAGAAGAGAGAAAAAUGAAUGAAAACGAGGACUCCUUUGCGGAUAAUGAAUCAUUACUUGACGGCAUUCCUAAAAAGGCCAAUAAGAAAAAGAAGAAAACUACUAUACCGAAUAUUUUUGAUGACGGGCAAGAUGUAAUGCCAAUUAACAAUGAGCCGCCGACAUCAAAAACGAACAAAAAAGUUAAGGGAAAAAAGAAAGCAAAGAAUAAAACGUCAAUUUUUGAUGACGAUUCACCUGAUAUUUUUAAAGAUCCACUAAAUGCAAAUUAACGUGAUUGUCACCUACAUGCUUUAUUAGUAGGUAUGAUUCUAGCAUAUUUAUUGCUUCAAUUGACAAUGUCAUUAGGUAAUGUGAUUUUAUUGGUCACGUGUACCAGGUAUUGGAAAUUAUUGAUAAACACGUCUAUCCUAUGCUUUUAUUGUCAGCUUUUCUCAUUUCUUUUACUACUAUAUUUUUGAUUAAUAAGGACACUUCUGAGCAUGCUAGUGUAGAGAAGAACUCAUGUUAUUUAUAGACCUACAUACUUUGGCUACUUUUUUCUUCAUAUAGUUGUUUGUUUCUUAUUUGUGAUUGACUAUUACACAAUCAAAUCAUGGUCAUCGUGACAUAAAUAAACUAAUUACUUAACCUUAUAUACCUAUUCGAGAUUCUGGUUCGUACGAUUUUCAAGCUCUGACAAUUUAAUUUCAAUAAAAGUUCAAACUUA